UCCCACUGGUGCAGGAGUAGGCUGAGGUUUGGACUGAACUGGGAGGAAGUUGUGUUCAGACUGGGACGUCCCUCUGGAAAUGUCUUUAGUGUGAUCCUGUGGGUUGGUUAGAUUUGUCCCGGGGUCCUGCACACGGCUGACUUCUCUCCUGGUCUGUCUGCUCUGCAAAGCUGAAGAGACUUUGAAGAUGAGGGUGUGGGUAGUCUUCCUCCUGUGCCUGGCUGGCCACGCCUUUGCUGCUCCUACUGAGGAGGAGCCCAAUGUGGAGGAGCUGGUUGCUGAGGAACCAGCUGCUGAGGAGGUCGAUGUGGGAACAAACCCAGUGCAGGUGGAGGUUGGAGAGUUUGAUGAAGGAAUCGAGGUUGAUGAAGAUGUUGCUGAGAACCCUUGCCUGAAUUACCAAUGCAAGAAGGGCAAAGUGUGUGAGGUUGAUGAGAGCAACACCCCUAUGUGUGUGUGCCAGGACCCCUCCACCUGCCCCCCUGCCGAGGGAGAGUUUGAGCAUGUCUGCGGCACCGACAACAAGACCUAUGACUCCUCCUGCCACUUCUUUGCCACCAAGUGCACCCUGGAGGGAACCAAGAAGGGCCACAAACUGCACCUAGACUACAUUGGACCCUGCAAAUUGAUCGAGCCCUGCCUGGACAGUGAGCUGAACGAGUUCCCUCUGCGGAUGAGGGACUGGCUGAAGAACGUUCUGGUGACUCUGUACGAGCGGGAUGAGGACAACAACCUGCUGACUGAGAAGCAGAAACUCAGGGUGAAGAAGAUCUUUGAGAAUGAGAAGAGGCUGCAGGCUGGCGAUCACUCUCUGGACCUGCUGGCUCGUGACUUUGCAAAGAACUACAACAUGUACAUCUUCCCCGUCCACUGGCAGUUUGGCCAGCUCGACCAGCACCCCAUCGAUGGAUACCUGACCCACUCCGAGCUGGCCCCCCUGCGUGCCCCUCUCAUUCCCAUGGAGCAUUGCACCACCCGCUUCUUCGAAGAGUGUGACGCUGAUGAUGACAAAUACAUCGCUCUGGAGGAGUGGGCCUCUUGCUUUGGCAUCAAAGAGCAGGAUGUGGACAAAGAUCUCAUCAUCUAAACUCCUCGAUUGGAAAGCGGUCGUAUGACAGAAAACUUUAGCCGCUACUGACCAGACAAGGUGCUGAUGAUUCUUAAGUUAAAAUAAAAAAACACAAAGUGCUAAUUGCAAAUUCUUUUCAACUUUUUCUCAAAUAAUGAUCUUUCCUACCUAUACCACUAAAAAUAUUCCAAAUGAGAAGUGUGCACAGUUUGUACUAACCAUCACGUGUUCAGAGACGUUUGCCUGUUUGCUGAACGAAACACCUUGUAAAGAAAAACUAAAGACCUCUGAUGUAAAUUUACAUUUUGACAAUAUUAUAUGUCUAUGCUAUGAUGUGUUCAGGGCUUUUGUUAAAUUGGAGACCGGUUUGAAACAUUUUCUUCAGGAGACUGAAACUGUAAAGUCAAAAAUAAAGUUUCUAAAUAAAUGCUUUUCCUGCUUGCUUUCUACCAAACCAGCUGUUUAGUUUUGUACUCUUUUGGUGGCAGUGGGCUCCUUUUACAGUGAGUUUUGUAUUUUGUUUUCUAACUUCUUGACUACUGGUUGAUUGGUUUUUAAGUCUGACUUUUGAUGCAAAUUUCCUGACAGAGGCCGAUGUGUGUCGAUGUUUACACAUUAAAGAGGGUCACGUUUGCUGGAAAAAAGGGGAAACCUCGCAGGCUGAGUUUUUCUCACCAAUAAAACUCAAUUGACAUCUUAUGGUGAAUAAAAUCCUAUGAAACGAA